AUGGAGUCUUUCAAAAGAGUAAAGCUCGGCACAAAUGAGUUUGCGUACUCGCAGCCCGCAUUCUUCGGUGUUCCGUCUCUCCAUUGCAACAACAUCUCGAAGCCGAUUUCUACUUUCGGCGACAAGAAAGCCCCAGCCUCUGCGAUUUUCGCAGACGCGGUGGCGCCGCAAGCGCAGACAUUUUCCCGCGACGUUCAACGACCCGUCGCCGGCGACGGCUGCGACUCAGCGACGACGCGUCGCACGUGCCACUUCGAUCACGUGCCCGACGAGCUAGUCGCGGAGAUCGCGCGCUGCGUCUUCGCUAAAGCGCAAUCGGCGGCGGACGUCGCGGGGAUGCUCGUGACGUGCAGGCGGUUCAGCAGCGUUUGCCACCUUGCCGCCAGCUGGUCGCUACGCGCCUCGGCCGCCAUCGAAAUGCUUCUGCCGGCAGACGCGGCGCGAUGGACGGCGGCGGCGCAACGCCUGCUUCUGAGCGCCGCAGCAGAAGGCAACCUCGAGGCGAUUUACGUUGUGGGCAUGAUCUCCUUCUACUGCCUCAACAAUCACUGGGCGGGCGCAAAGCUCCUCGCGCAGGCGGCGGAAGCGGGGCACGGCGCGGCGAUGUACUCUCUCGCGAUAAUCAACUUCCACGGCAGCGGCGGCGCGGCGGACGACGCGAAUCCCGAGGUCGGCGUGGAGCUAAGCUGGCGCGCCGCGCGGCUCGGGUUCCUCCCCGCGUUACAGGAACUCGGGCAUUGCUUUUUAGACGGGUGGAUGAAGAAGCAGCUUCCCGCCGAGUACGCGAUGACCCACCAGGCUCUGACCGAGGACGACCAAGAAGUGUUGAACGUGAUGGACCUUCGUCUGGAGUUGAACGAGGAUUUCGACCAUCUGCUGUUUUCAAGAAAGAUCGACCAGCUGGCGGAGGGAGCAGGUGUGGGAGGGGGUGCCGACCACGAGGGAGGAGGCGAUAAGACGGGACGCGUCGUGAUUGAGUACAGCGUCGAGGAGGAGGAGGAGAUCGAGGAGGAUACAUCGAGGCAGGCUCAGCACGGGGCGAGCGGCCCGGGCGGCGAUGCGAACCAGGACGAGGACUCGAGCUCGGGAACGAGCUCCGACUCGAGCUCGAGCGAUGAGUCGGCCGAGGACGACGGUGAGGGCGCCGGACAUAGAACGGAGCGUACGGGGGAGCACGGAGUGGCGCUCGGGGAGCGGGUGGACGAGCAAGUAGAGCUUAUCGAGCAGCAGGCGACAGGGGAAACUAAGGCUGUCGAGGAGCAGGAGGGCGGAGCGGCUGGUCAGGAGGGUGGGGUCGGAGGGCAGCGGCAGGUGGUGGGCGAGGCGGGUGCGCAGGAGGGCGGGGCAGGAGGGCAGCAGCAGGAGGGCGUGGCGGCUGCGCAGGAGGGUGGGGCAGGAGUGCAGCAGCAGGCGUUUAGGGUUGCGACUGCGCGGGUGGGUGGGUCGGGAGGGCAGGAGCAGGAGGACUGGGAGGCUGCUGAGGAGUAUCGUCGAGGAGAUGAGCGAUAG